AUGUCUCCCAUCGCCGUGGAAGACAUCGUCGAUGCUCCGGUCUAUUCGAAGAAGGGGUCGUCGUCGACCAAGCCCACAAUCGCUCGGUUUGACGCAAAUGACCCUUCGACAACCACCGACCUUUUGAUUUCCAUCCUGGAGAGGGAUGGCGGCGUCAUUGUGGAGAACAUCAUAUCCAAGGAACUCGCCGCUCGAAUCAAGGCCGAGCUCAAGCCAUUCUUCGACACCGACAAGAAGGAUAACAGUGGCUUCUUUCCCGAGACGACGCAACGGGCAACGGGCCUUCUAGGCCGAUCGGAUGCGUGUGUCGAACUGGCGACGAACAAAACCUACAUCGACGUGGCUAACAAGAUGCUGUCCUCGACAUACACAUACUGGUCCGGUCAAAAGCAGGAGACUGUAACGUCAAAACCCGUCAUAUCCUCGACCGUGGCGUUCCGAGUGAAUCCUGGAGGUAGACAGCAGGUAUUGCAUCGUGACGACAGCGACUAUCAUACGCGAAACGUGGACAUGCCGAUGAUGCUGGGGUGUGUAACGGCCAUAUCCAAGACCACCAAGGAGAAUGGAGCGACUAUCUGCAUCCCCGGUUCGCACCUCUGGGGACCUGAUCGUUGUCCCUAUGACGAAGAAGCCGUUGCAGCUGAAUUGGAGCCGGGUGACGCGCUGAUAUUCGUUGGCAACUUGUACCAUGCUGGUGGCGGGAACACCACCACAGACCAAUACCGAGAGACGGUUGGAAUAUUCCUUUGCAAGCCAUAUUACCGACAGGCAGAGAAUCAAUAUCUCAUGGUCCCGCCUGAGAUGGCAAAGAGGCUGUCACCGCAAGCACAGCGGCUUUUGGGUUACGGCAUCUCUCUGCCUUCACUGGGCUUCAUGGAAUAUCAGGAUCCAAUGCGGGUCCUGUUCGGUGUCGAGGAUGAAGAAACUGUGAACAUGUAA